GCCUCAAGAGAGGAGCCGUUGGCUCGUCGUCACUUCCGGUUCGCCAAGCAGCUGAAAUAGGCGAGAGCGUCGGGCUGCCCUGAAACGUUGCGUUCUUCCGCCCUCCCUUCCUCUCGUCGCAGAAAGACCAAGAGAGAAAGGCGGAGGGAGUAGAGGAGAGAAGACGGAGUGGGCGGUGCCUGAGCCUCGUGAGCCCCGGCUUUAGCGCGAGCGGAGCACUUUGGAGGGGGGGCAGCAGGAGGAGGAGGAGGAGGAGGAGGAGGCCGGCUCAGUGGGCGGAGCCGAGCCUGCGCAGUGUUGACUUGUGCUCGAGCGAGCUUCGCACUCAGGGGGUGGCCCGGCCAAGGAAAGAAACAAACUGCCAGGUAACGGCAUCUUCCGUUGUCCCCUCCCCCAUCAGGGAGGAGGGAGGAGGGGGCGGCGGCGACGUAGAAAGGAGUUGGCUGGUGGGGAAGCUUGUUUGUUGGGUGAUACGACGCGGGAGCGGAGAGUGGACGGGGCAGGAGAGGCUGCCGCCCCGCCCUUGUGACCCCUUCCUCUGCCUGAGGGGGGUGGAGGAGAGGGGACAUCAUCUGGGGCACAGAUUUAUUCCUCCACACGCCUCGUAAACCUCUUCACACGUACACACGUGAGCCUGGGUGUAUGUAGAGUGUUCUCAGGGCACCCGAUAGCGCUGAGGGUAGGCUUGGGAGGAUUCAUUUCACCACCAGAAACCAUAUAUAUUCGUUACAGCGCGGGAAAGGGCUGUCUCCCCCCUCAGGUCCUACUUACGAGUUUCCGAUAGGCAUUUCCUUGAUCCCUCUGUGAGAAAGGGCUGCUGGGCGAGGUGGGCCGCUAGCCUGAUCCAGCAGGGCAAGGGGCAUAGUUCUUCGUUGUGCCACAAGGUUUGUAUGCGGAAGGUUGCAGGUCGAGUCCCCAGGUAGGACUCCUCUGUCUGGAACCCCCAGAGAAGUCUGUACAAUCAGCAUGUACAGUACUGAACUAGGAGGACCAAUGUUCAGACUCUGCCUCUUUGUUCUGUAAAUACAUCAGGAACAUGAAAUCAGCGAGGCAAUAAAACCAUUAGGCAUACCAAGGUGUACAGAAGAAGCACAAGCCACUAUUUUAUCUGUCCCCACUGCAGAGGAUGUUGAAUUGGCCGUAUCUGAGGCAUUGUUUUGGGGAAGGAUAUCUGUAAGAAGCCGUCAGCUUUGUUUAUUAAAGAAUUUGUAUUCUGCUCUUCUGUGUUUCCCAUGCAUAAUACUAAAAUAGAAAAUAACCAAAUGGUGAUAAAAGCAACUGUUAAAAUACUGUAAAUCUAAAAACUUAGCAGGAUUAAAAAAAAGUUUCUGCCUGGUGCCAAAAGGACAGCAGUGUAUUUGUCAGGUGAGCCUUGGAAAGUAAUUAUGUGAACCGGAUGUCACCACUAAGAAGACACUCUCCCUGUUUGCUACUCACUAUCAGAGAGGUUUCUUCUCAGUAACUGGCCCUAGUUAAUUCAAAAUACAGCUGCUAGGCUGCUAACUGUUUUGUGAGUAGUUAAAGACAGUCCCACAUACAGUACAUUACAGCAAUCAAACAGAUGUCACAAACGAUAAUGUUUUAGAGCAGGCUUCCUCAACCUCGGCCCUCCAGAUGUUUUUGGCCUACAACUCCCAUGAUCCCUAGCUAGCAGGACCAGUGGUCAAGGAUGCUGGGAAUUGUAGUCUCAAAAUAUCUGGAGGGCUGAGGUUGAGGAAGCCUGUUUUAGAGCUAAACUGUAAUUAAGUUAGCAAGUCACUGAGAUAUGGCAUUCACGUAAGAUGUGAAAUUGCAGUGAAUAUAUGUUUCAUUAAAAUCGACCUAUUUGCCAGAGUUUUGGAGAAUAGACAUGUCUCACCAAUUUCUAGGAAUUGAAUUAUGGCAUUAGAGAUAUGUCUUAGGUAAAUUGGUAGAGAUAUUAAAACUAAUGUGCAAGAGCAAGGUUGAAACAUGGCUUCUUCAAAGGGAAGUUCUUUGCAAACUUUGAUAUCAAGAAUCAUAGUAACCAUAUAGAUAAGGGUUAUAUAGUAAAUUCCAUAUACCUGAACUUCCAAAAAGCUUUUGACAAAGUCUGUUACCAAAGGCUCAUGAGUACGCUUCACUAUCAGUAAUUGAAAGUUUAUUGAUGUAACUUGCAAGCCACUCUUCGUUGAAAACCGACUUGAUUGUAUUACACCUAUAGGAAUAACUUUCAAAACACCUCUCAUUGUUAAUACAUAUUCACUAGGGCCUGUGCCUGUGAUUCAAGAAAAAAAAAAAACCCUAUCAUGAUUUUAAAAGCAAAACUAAUAGUUCAUAAGAAUCAUCUUCAGAAAGGAGUCCCACAGAGUUCAGUGGAGCUUAUUCCCAAGUAAGUGAGUAUAGAUUUGCAGCCUAAGGAGGAUGUAAUUUAUCAAAAUGGACAUAGAUUUUAAAAAAUACUACAAGUAGGCAGUCCCUAAAUAAAUAGUAUAUUUGCUGUGUGAUUGUUUCUCCUACUCUUGUUAUAUUGUUUGUUGUUUAGAAAUAGAAUUUGUAGGGAGGCAAAUUGUUUCUGUCCACCAAUUGGCUCUCCCACCUUAAUUGCCCUUCUGAAACUGCUGUUUCUCCCCAAAGGUGCCAUUUGCUGUAGUACCACCUUUGAGGACAAAUAUCAGCAUUGAAGGGCAGAAUUUUCAGCAGCAAAGUGAUGUAGAGGGUCAAAAACCAUCCCUGCCUGUGCACUAUGAUCCUAAUCUGGAUCAAGUCCUUCACAGCUCCUACUUCUGAACAACAGCAAAAGAACCUAGGAGAAAAAAAUUCUCACAUUUAUUAAGCAUUUUUGUAUUUGGGGACAGGUGUUUAAUGUACUGGGGUUAUUUUGUCUAGCUUUCUUCAGCCAACCAUUUCUCUGUAGAUUAAAAGAAGAAAUGCCUUUGUUAUCAUGUGUUGUGGAAGUACACUAAAGGGAUAAUAUGAUUCAUGUGCAUCUAAAAGCUGACUAUUUUUAUAUUUUGUAGUGGUUUUUCUGGGGGAAUAAUUUAGCCUACAUGUGCUUCUGUACUUCUUGGAAGAAUGACAGAUGACAAAGAUGUACUUAGAGAUGUUUGGUUUGGGCGAAUACCAACUUGUUUUACCCUAUAUCAGGACGAGAUUACCGAAAGGGAAGCUGAACCUUACUAUGUAAGUAUUAUAAACACAUGUAGAACCAUCAUUUUGAUGUUUAGUAUUUGACUAUACUUGAGGAACAUACUGUGUUUCAUCAUCUUCUUGAUGCUGGAAAAAAUGAUAGAAAGAAAGAGGAGAUAAUGCUUGUUAAACAAAGAACUGUUAAGGGAGCUUCUUCCAGCUUUUCCAUUACAGAAAAUCCUUUGUGGCGGGAUGAAUUUCCAUGCUGUUAUUAACUUUGUAAAAUUAUUUGGAUGUUUUGGAAAUCUUAACAUUUGAAAUUUACAGCCUUAGUGCCCAUUAAAAAACAUUGCUUUUCCAUGUGUUUGGGGAAUUCUAGCCUAGAUGCUGCUAUGCCAUAAUCUGCUGCUGCUACAUUAGAUUGAUUCAACUUCUGUUCCCAAGAAAUAGCAGCAGCCUGAAAAAACAAGGGUGAAAUAUUUCCCCUAAGACUUCCAAAUACUCAGUAGGAAAACAAAGUCCUAAGCAUCCUGUUUAGAAGAAACUUCACUCUUUAAGCACAGUGUGCUUUAAUUUUCUUGAGGGUUAAUUGUCAUUGCAAGUCGUUUUCUCCUGUUUGGGCACAGUCCCAUUUGUCCAUAUGAGGAAUAUGUUUAUUAUGCUAAAAGAUCAUUUCUCUAUGAGACCCAAGAUUCUCUCUGAAGCCUUAUUUAAAUGGAACUUGUGAAGAAGCAGUGUUUUGCGGAAUAUACCUUGACCACUUUUCAAGCUGCAGUUCUUAGCACACUUACUUGAAUAAAAGUCCCUUUGAACUUAGUAGAACAUAACUUGCAUAUCAACAGCCCAGUACUAUUUAUGUUAUAAGUACUGCUCAUGUGACUGAAAAGCAAGUAAUAUUUUUAAUGUAACUUUUACAUGUGAUUCUUUUCAUAAAGAUGUGCUGUUUACCUUUCCUUUCAGCUGCUUUUACCCAGAAUAAGUUACUUGACACUGGUAACGGACAAAGUGAAAAAACAUUUUCAGAAGGUUAUGAGACAAGAGGAUAUUGUAGAAAUAUGGUUCGAAUAUGAAGGCACACCACUAAAAUGGUAAGUUAUUUAACUUUUUGAGUAUUUUAGAGUGUUAGCAUCUAUAUUUCCUGACUGCAUAUUGUUCUUGGGAAGCCUAAUCAAAUUGAAGUUGCCCUAUCAAAAUCUAAGAUUGUGGGCAACCUUUUUAAAAAAGAUAUUAAUUCCUCAGUGACGUCAAUAUACCAAAUAACAUUCUAUUUUGCACAAUUAGGAUUAAAGUGCUUUCCCUCUUGCUUUCUCAGUGCAUGCACAGAGUUCCAAUUGUGAGCCAUUCUGUCUCUGCGAGUACAAAAAUGAUGGUGAUCUCUUAGUUUCAGAUGUGUCCAACAUGAAACAUGGUCUCGGAGAAUUGCAUAAGCUUGAGAACCAGGGUUCUCCUUUCCAUUAAAUCAACUUGCAGUUUACAGGUGUAGAGCUGCUAUGGCCUUGUGCAGACAUAAUUCGCUCACUGCUGAAAUCAGGAGUGAACUAUGAGGAUUAAAAGCUCCAUGCCACCUUUGGAGCUCACAUUUCAUGGACCUGCCUUAAUUGGGCAUAAGUGUUGGUACUAACAGUUGAAUUGCAUGCUGUGUUCCAUCCUCACCCCAAUUUUAUUUUAUAUAUAUUUUUUUAAAAAAGCUGUAUUGGUUUUUCUAAUGGCACUCCACUUUACAGAAAUCCCAGGGUAUACAGUGAACAUACAGCAUAAGAAUACACAGCAGUUAGCAAUACUAAAGAGGCAACAGCUUCUGUCCGCUAUAUGUCUGCACAGCCUGGAAAGGACUGAUAAUGUAUUUAAGUCUGUUUGUUAGAACUGUUGCAAACAACGUAUAAUUGCAAGUAAUGUUCAGUGGUACCUCAGAAGUCGAAUAGAAUCUGUUCCGGAAGUUCGUUCGACUUCCAAAAUGUUCGGAAACCUAGGCUUGGCUUCCGAUUGGCUGCAGGAAGCUCCUGCAGUCAAUUGGAAGUUGUGUAAGCUGUGUCGGACAUUCGGUUUCCAAAGAACAUUUGGAAACUGGAACACUCACUUCCGGGUUUGCGGCAUUCGGGAGCCAAAACGUUAGACUCGCAAGGCGUUUGGGAUCCAAGGUACGACUGUGUAGUCACUAUUAACAGAAUGUUAGAUCUAGACAAGUCCAUCUUCAACAGGCCCUUAUUAGGUUUCAAUAAUACAAUACAAUAAUUAGGGUUAAGUUAAGUGUUGGUGGAGAUGUUAACUGCAAAGUCAAGGGUUCCUGCAUACUAAGUUUCAAAACUGUCUUAGUUACACAAAUGCUUGCAUAGUCACAAGUAGCUUGGUACAUCCCACCCCAAUUUACAUUCUUCUGAAGUAGAGAUCUGUUACCCACCUUAAUUACAUUUGAGGCCUUCAUACAGUGACAUCAAUUAUAAAUAAGCAAUACAAUUUGUUGGCCCUAAUUAGGAUUUUUAAACUAGAAGAUACUGAUAAUAGUUGGUGCACAUAAUGGGGUCCAAUGUGCCCAGGCUUUUGAGUGAGGAUCAUUGUGUUACUUUCAUGAAUAUGUGAUUGUUAGUUAGUGAUGUCUUCUAAAAUCAUGACCAUAAGUUUAAACAUCAGAAUUCUGCUAACUAAAAUACAGUACUUGAAAAUAAUCAUUGAUUGGUUUCUCUUUAAAAUGGACAUAGCCUUAACCUACAAGCGUGUUAAUAGCUCUUGAUAAUUAGAAUUCAAAACUUCCCCCAAUAGUUCUGUGAUAUUUGAAUUCUUUUAAGUUUGAUCAUACAUGGUAUUUACAAAGCAAUGACAUAGCAUUCAAGCUGAUGUUCUUAAAUUAAUAUUUGUCCACAAAUUGGUUUUUGUAUAAAAAAGUUGGAAAAUUUUAAAAUUAAUUAUGAUAGUGUAUUUAGUUGUAUCACUUUUCGAGUUUUUGAAUCCUCAAGCAGAUGUUCUGCAACUGCACACCACAUGCAUAUUAGAGAUGCCUAUUUUAAUUUUGCAUUAGGAACUUCCGUGGUUGAGGAAAUCAAGAUUAAACAUCUUCCAUAACAAACUGUUAUUCUCAGCAACUCAUGAGGAGUUUGUGGUUGCUUGACACCCACUCUUCCUUUUGCCUCUGGGAGAAAGUUUAUUACAUUUUUCUUCCUCUUGGCUCAAAUUCUAGUUUAGCAUAUCUGGCUCAUAAAGCACAUUCUUUAAAAGCUAAAAAACACUCUUCAGUGUUCCAUUUUACAUUUAAUAUCAUGAAGUGCCUGCAAACGUAUAACAAUGAUAUGGCUUAUUUAUCUUUAUCCUUCCUUCCCCAUGUCUCAGCCACCUACAUAUGGCUUGAAGGCUAAAGUUAAAAACUGAUGGCUCAAUGAUACUGUAAUAGUUUUUUUAUAUGUCUUGUACAAAAUAAAAACCAUUUAACCAUUUUCCCCAAAGCCCAGUUUUCAAAAUAAAACACAUGGUCUGUGAGGGCCAUUUAGUAUCUGAGAGGGUGCGGAAAGGAGGAGCAGGUUUGGCUUUGUUUGCAACAGUGUUCCUAGGCUGUGCCAUUUAUUCCUGCGGGUAAUGAACCACCCACAUCAAAUAAGUGUUUCGGUUUAAAGCAUUGUAGAUUUAAACAGGGAAAACAGUUAGAGAAAAAUGGGACUCCAUGUCGCCAUCUGGUGGCACAAUGUUAUAUCACACAUACAACGCAUAUAAAUCACUUUUUCUUUACCAGUCUAGCUGAGUCCCUAGAUAAAACAUAUGAAAUGGAGAGUGAUAUCCUUUCUCAUUAGCUCUAAAAUUAAUGGUGUGGUUAUAGGUCUUAAGGGCUUAUCUGCAAUAUUUAAAGCCAGGAAUGUUGUUAAUUGUGUUAAUUUCAGUAUCCCGAAGACAUGGGAAUUAAAAUCCCAGGGUUUAAAAACCACAAAGGUCUUGUAACAUGUUUUGAAAGACUAACAUAUAUUGUGGCAUUUUUACUUUAAGCUGUACAAAAUCAGUUAUUCUUUGAGAAGCCGAAAGAGGGUUUGCUUGGAGGUUGUUUUGCUAACUUCAAUUAAUGCUGCUACUUUUCUGGAAUUUGAAAAUAUGUACAGCGAGAUUCUCUAAUGUAUGCAUGCCCACUCAAGGUAAUUCCUAUUGAAUUCAGUGUGGCUUAUAGAUAAUUAGAUAUAGGAUUUCAACCAAAGUGACAUGCUACUUCCCAGGCUCUGAAAAGAGGGCUCUGAUAGAUUCUUUUUUUUAACACUGUGAUGAAAGAGCAACUAGUAGUAAUCAUGGGUAUUACAAAUUUCUGUAUCUAGUGGCCUCAGCAGUUUACUUAAAAGUUACUGCAUAAUGCUUACCUAACCAGCAGAUGGUGCUAAGUAACUACAUAUUGCAGCUUCGCACAUAUCUUGGCUUGUCCUGUCCUUCCAUUCAUAGAUAAUAAAACAAGUAAAAACUAUGAACUGUUUUGCUAGCCUGCAGUCAUUAAAGGGAACUUAUGCAGUAAAAUUAAUAUUUACACCCAGCUUUGGAAUUGAAUUCUAACCUGCAUUUUGUUGCAGUUAACUGUCAGCCACCACUUUAGACAUUUACUUUAACCCCUUGUAACUGGCUUGUGUGAGAGAAUCAUGGUUCUAUUUAUGGCCUAUGUGUGGAGUCUGACAGUGUUUAGAAAGAUUAUAUGAAGUUCGUACUCUUGUAAUAGUCUCGCAAUCCUCUACAAUCUCUAUGAAACAUCUGACAAAACACAUGCUUGCUGACAGAGUUAUAUUAUUGCAAAGUUGCAAGUGAGUGUGAAAUUUUCUCACCACUAUCAUAUAAAUAUUAUAUUGUCUUAUAAUUUUGUACAACUAUUUACCCUUUCUUUGCAGGGGGCAUUUACUCAUCAUGGGCUGCUCAGACUUAAUGUUGUAACAUUUGCUGAGAUACUUGUAAGCAGAAUAAAAGUUAGAUGAUUGAAGAGGUGAAAAAAGACUGUUACUAUAGAAAGCAUUUCAAAUAGUAUGUGGUUCAUACUUUCAGAGAGCCCCUGUCCCCACUUUGAAACUACUUACUACUUUCAGUUUCUGUCAGCAACAGCCUUGAAAUUUGACAAGAGCUACCAAACUGUCAGAACAUGAGUUUAGACAUGUGUUGGGAUUUUUAUUUGACCAGUUUCUGAAUAUAUUAAGGAAAAAUAAAUCCUCUGUAAAGUGGGCCUUUUCAGAAGAGUGGCCAUGUUAAUGUGAUGCAGCAGAAGUAACCUGAGAAAUAGGUCAGGUUCAGACAGUACAGUCUUACUGCAUAAAUGUAUGCAGAAUGAGAAUGGUAAAACUUUCACAACAAUAAUCAGUGAUAGCACAUCACCUUGCUGUUAACUUGGAUUAAGAACGCUGCAAACCCAGAAGUAGGUGUUUUGGUUUGUGAACUUUGUCUUGGAAGCAGAACAUGUUUCGCUUCCUGUUGAGUGUGUUCCAUUUGUAAAUUGAGUCCCCCGCUGCUAUGGGAAAGCACGCCUUGGUUUAAGAAUGCUUUGGUUUAAGAAUGGACUUCUGGAACGGAUUAAGUUCGUAAACCAUGGUACCACUGUAGUAGGAGAAAGCCAUUGUCUCUGUUAAGAAUUAAAUUUCUUGAUAAGUUGUAAUUCAGCAGUUUCACACUUGAGUUUUCUUUAAAGUUCCUUUGUCAAAGGUUGGCACCUUAAGGUUAAUAACGGCAUUCUGCUAAACUGAAAUGUUCUUCCGGUUUCUGGUUAAUCUCUCUGCUGAUGUCAGGAUGCUGGAAGAUAGCACAUAUAUUGGAAGAUGAAUGGGUGAAUGACACCUUGGUGUUGUGGCUGAUAUUAUUAGGUCCUGAAAUGCUGUUGUUUGAGUGGAUAUGGGAAGAGAUUCAGCAUCUGGGUUUGUUGCAGAGUAUGGUCUGUUAGGGUUUCCUGGAGUUCCUUGUGAAGAGCUGUUUAGGUUAGGGGCUGUCUGUAAGAAAGUACUGGCCUAUCAUUCAAGGCUUUGAGAAGAAAGCAUUAUUGCCCAGCAUGAGCUAUAGUUCUUUGAUACAUUGGAGUGAUUUCAACUAGGAGCUGGAAGUGGUGACAAGUGGUUUGUCAGUUUCUCUUCUACAUCUGCCCUAUAGUAGAAGAUUCCUGGAUGCUGGUCUAGUCCUGAUCUGUGUAUUCAUUUCUUUGGGUGUUCAGUUCUUUGAGUGUCGAUACUGUAGCCUAAAAAUUCUUAAGCAGGUCAGUAUAGAAACAGCUGAAUCACAGGGACCUGGCUAUAAAUAGUGGAUUUUGUAAUGUGUUCUAUCUGAAAGCAAGAUGCAUGUAGAUAUGUGUUGAUAUGGUGGUGCUUACAUUUCACCAUGUAGUGCACAGUAGUGUCCAGAAAGUGAAUGUACUGUAUGGAUUGUUCUAGGCUCAGGUGAAGGUGUGGUGAAAGUUGUUGAUCUGAAGACUGACUAAUUUAGAAAGAACCCUGUUUCAACAAGGCCUUAAAAUUAGAGGGAUUAUUAAUUCGUGUAUGUAGAGGAUACUAGCUUUCGCUAAAAAUGUAUGUGUGUUUGUCUUCUAUAAAUCUGUAUUUAUAAAUCCAGCAUUACCACCUGCAUAACUGAAAACUUGUAAGGGGACUUGCUGGGAUUUGAGUGGUAGCAAUAUUUUCAGAAGAUUAGGAGUAAGGAAAUAAAGAGUACAAAUGAGAAGAACUCUAGGUAGUGGCUUUGAUCAGCCUACUGCUUAUCUAUAUUUCUCUUACAUUAGCUCAUGGAAGACUGAGUCCAAUAAGACAGAAACAACCAAAUCAGUACUGGUUGUGUUUUACUAAAAAUCAGCAGAGCAAAUUUGUGGAGUGAUUUCUGACUAAAUGAUGCUGAAAAGCUAAUGGUGGGUCUGUUUCCACCAUGGCUGGAGUAGUAAUACUCUGUUUUCCUAUCUAUUCAUAGCUGAUUCGGCAUUACAGCACUCAUCUGUAUCUGGUGGCAAUUUAAUAGUGAAAUAUAAAUAUAUUCCACUUACCUGAUUAUAAUAGCUGAGAGAGCUUGAUGCUCCUGCUUCAAAAGUCCUGAAGUUUUAUUGAGUAGUAAAAUAUGUUAAUCUAGCUGCUCACUACAGUGGAAACCAUUUCUAUAAAAUACAUACAUUGGCAUUGCUACAGAAAUGGGAAAAAAUGCUCACACAACCCAAAUAGCAUAAGGGGACUUGCAAGAUGGCUCAGCCAGUGGUGCAGCCAUAACUGCUACUUAGACACAGGCCCCACUGUGGUAUAUAGACAGUUCUCUGCUACGGGGGAGUUGUUAUGACAUAGGCUAGAUGGAACUACAUUAGAGGCUGCCAUGGGCUGUUGCUUCCACUGAUUUUUCUUGCACCCCUGUCCAGCGAGAUUUCUUUUCACUGGCAAAGGGUGUCAUCCUUAUUGUGAUGGAAGCUAGCUGCAUUUGUCUAAAACCUCAAUGGAGAGCUGGUUAUUUCUGAGGUGGAGGAGCAUCCAUGUGACACACUUGCAUAUAUAAUUCCCUUUGUGAAAUGGAGUCAUGUGGACACCUUCAAAUCCUCUCUUAUCUCACAUCCCCCUUUUAUCUUGCUGAAUAGAUGCUGUUAGUAAGUUUAAAUGUCUGUUAUUCUAACAGAUUGCAUUAGGAAAGCAGGGGUGAUCAUUCAGUGAUUCCAAAGUAUUUAAUUUAUGUUUCCUGUAAGCAUGAUGUCAUAAUUAACUCUGAUUGCUUUGUUCCUGUGUCAUUCCCACGUCAGCUAGCCAAUAGGGAGUGGUUCAUGCUCAAGGCUGGUUGGCCUUUCAUUCCAGUUAAAACAGGUAUUUGUCUAUUAAGAGGAUCUGAAAUGGUAUUUAGAUGAUGUAGAGUUCUUUGCAUGCCAGAGAUACAAGCACAACUUCUUUUGCAGUGCUAGAAUACUUAAGAAGUUAUAGGCUGAUGUUUCCCUUCUUUGUUCUUGGUGAUGCAAGAUAUGCCUGAUGACUUUUUUAUUAUUAUGAAAGAUGGAAUGAAUUUAGGACAAGGAUCUUAGUGCUCACCUGGCUAAAACCAGAUGUGUAUGAAGUUUCAUGUUUAUUGUCUUAGUUAUGAACAUUUUUCCUUCCUGGUUUCUGAGUUUUGUACCAGGUAGACUUCUUAUAAGUUUGUGCCUGGGGAUUAAUUUCCACUCACCCUACAUAUGCCACUGCUUUGACCAUAAAGGUUAGAAUCAUUCCUAAAGAUGAAGGUUCAUUUUUCACAUAGUAUAACAAGGAGUUCUUGACUCCGUAAGAAAAAAUCUUUAAAGUUUUUCUGUGACCUAUUUAAUGAUGGUGUAUGGUGGGGGUAGCCUCCAAGUGUUGUUUUUCUAAAGGUCUGAACAGUUGCUAGAUGCUACCCCUCUACCUAUAUUCAGCUGAAGCCUCUUUUAAGCAGCUGCCUGCUCCACAUGCCUGCAGGAAGCAUAGCAGCAACAGGAGGAUUACUAUGUUUCUCCUCCCAUUGUCCCAUUUUCAAAAAGUUCUUCCAGCAGUUGCCUAUUCCACAUGACUGGUAGGCAGCAAAACAAGUAACAGGCAAUUCUUGCUAUUAUUCCCCAGCCAACAUUUUUUUUAAAAGUCACUCAAGUAUUUGCCUAUUCCAAAUUGCUCAGUCAGCAAAAGAAACAAGCAGAGCAGGAAAUGGGUGGAUCCUUCGCAUCUUCCCCUAAUUGCAUUUCCAUACUAGAAAAGACGGAACCUGUUGAAUUUCUGCCUGUCAUACAGCUGUUAAAGGCACAAGAGCCUUCAAUGCUACCCCUAACCCAAAGCCUAGGUUGCCAUCCUGUACCCAGCUGUAGGAGUAACCCUGUUAAAUACAUACAGACUUCUAAGUAGACUUGUAUGAGUGUCUGGCCUUUAGCACCUGCUCAGCCGGAGAUAUGGCUAAGCCUCUUUGCAAAGCCUUCACAUUUGCUUUUUUUUGGAGGGGGGAGGGGAGUCUUUAACACCCACCCACACUUGUUGUGUCAUAGUAUUUGCAGAAAAUAGCUACCUGAUUUCAGAAGACCCCACCAUAGGAAAAAAUGCAUCCAGGUUGUUAGAGGGAUAGGAAGGGCAAGCUACAGAGAUUAAGACAGAAGCAGGUAAACUGCACUAAAAGGAGAGGGAAAACAGCAGCUCUUUAGGACUGCAGGGAUUCCUACUACCUAGUGACCAAAAAAACUCACUUGUCAGUCACAGCUCUUAACUUCACUAGUUUGCUGAAAACACUUUACAGGUGGGAGCAGCCAGGCUGGCUCAUUUCACAGAAAUUGUUUAGAAGGGUGCAUGUACAUUUUGCCAAGGUGUUAUUCCUAGAAGGGCUUAAAGACUUACCUUAAAAAAAAUAAAAUGCCAUCUCAGAGUCUUGAACUGCUGAGCUAUCCAGUGAAGGCCUUCAUGUGUGUUGGGUUAGCAAACACCCGCUCCAAAGAAAGUUAUGCCACUCUAUCUUUUGCACCACGAUUGUAUGUAGGACUGAUUCACAGCAUAUUUUUUAUUCUGCAUCAAAUUCUCAGGUAAUGCUCUAUUCAUUAUAAUUCUCUAUUCUACUCAGAGUGCUUUUUGUCAGAUAGACAGACUAUAAAAUUAUAUAACACGUAACCAGCAUGUAUUUUUUCUUAAACUUUGCUAUAGUACUAUUGCUAUUGUCAUGCACAAUGGCUUCAACAAAGUUCUGUGAUGAAUGUAAAGAGGUUUGCUGAGAAAUGGCUUUUGUAUUUAACAGGCUUCUUUUGAAGGUUUGGGGAAAGUGCUUGCUUUUUAAUUUUUUAUAGAAACAAUCUUUUUUAAUGCAAAUUUUCAAGUAUGAAAUGGUCAUUUAUUUGUUUUUAAUGUUUUCUUUUGUUACUAGGCAUUAUCCUAUUGGUCUGCUUUUUGACCUUCAUGCUUCAAAUACAGCCCUUCCAUGGAACAUAACAGUACAUUUUAAGGUAUGUUUAUGGUGCAUCUUUUGAGUUGUUCAACACUUCAAAAGCAGAGGCAGCUCAUGUAAUCACAAUUUCUUAUAUGCUUGCGUGAAGGGGAAAGGGAAAGCACUAGCAGACAGCAAGUGAGGAUUGCUGGUUUUGCACCUGCUUUCUGUCACUUACAUUUGUCUUUUAGGUGAUUGCAUUCUUACUCUGCCAAUUUUUACUGUAUUUUAAUCCUGCCUGUUUGAGGGUUUGUUUUAUGUUGACUUGGUUUAAUGCUCUACAGCAGUGGUUCCCCAUUAGCUAAGUACUGUGGGGGCCCUGUUUUUCAAAAGCCAAGCCAUGGACCCCCUACUUUUGAAAAUUUUGAUAUCUCUCUGGUCAUUUUUGUUAUGUGAAUGGUGCCACAGACUCCCUAGGUGGGUUAUCUGGUCCCCCUGGCGUCCAUGGACCACCAAUUGGGAGCCACAUCUAUACAGUUCUAAAUGUAAAGAUCAAAUUGUUGUAAACCACCUUGAGGACCGUUUUUAUGGCAAAAAGGUAUAAAUGUAUAAAUGUAUACAAGUUUGCCUGUCAAGAAUUGCCUACCACUUUGUCCCUAUUUUCUUUCCCAUUUUGGCUUGUAUCCAUACCUGCUCUUCCAUAUACAAAAGGCCUCUUUCCAUUUGUGGUUAGGGACUGCAAUCCAGUAGAGGCCCCCACUACAGGAAGGCUUUUGCCACUUCCCCCUACAUCUCACCCCACACCCAGCAUUACCUCCAAUAGCAUUCUGGAAUGGCCCAGCUGCUGCUUACAGGAAUUCUGGAUCCAACCCCAUGAAUUUAGUUUAGCUUCACUGGAAUGCAGAAUGGGUUCUAAUCUGGAAGCCUUUCAAGCAGCCUCUCACAUGCUGACCAUUGUGUUUGCAUAGAGCAAGCAAGCCAGAGCCAUGAUCCACAGUAGCUCAAUUUGGCUUUCUGGCGGGGGGCGGCGGCGGGGAAACCUAUAUGUAUUAGAACACUUGACUUUUAUUUCUUUAUAAAUGCCUUCCGUAUAAGAUACCAGGUAGGUCUCUGAGUACAGUUUCUGAGCUAUGUGGAGAAUUUCUACUAAAGGCUAAAACCAAAAUAAUUCUAAUUUUACUGAUUCAAAAGCUAGUCUAUGUCUGCCUGCCUUGCCUGAGGAAGGGGAAAGGAGAACUAUAUUGACAUCUGCUUGAUGUUAUUACACAGGGUGCAGAAUGGAGAAGAGAAAUCUAGUAAAGCUAUUGCUUUCCUUUAACUAUACAGUGGUACCUCGGGUUACAUACGCUUCAUGUUACAUACACUUCAGGUUACAGACUCCGCUAACCCAGAAAUAGAGCUUCAGGUUAAGAACUUUGCUUCAGGAUGAGAAGAGAAAUGGUGCUCCAGCGGUGCGGCGGCACCGGGAGGCCCCAUUAGCUAAAGUGGUGCUUCAGGUUAAGAACAGCUUCAGGUUAAGAACGGACCUUCGGAACAAAGUAAGUACUUAACCUGAGUUACCACUGUAUUAGGAGUUGGAGCAUCGUACAUUUCCUAGUGCAAAGCAGCUUUAGUUGCACAGUUAAAGUUCUCUUAAACCCUUGGGAAUUAUUCACCAUGGUUUGUCUUGGUUGUUGCUCUAAAAUAAAAGUUGAAUUGAUAAACUGCUCGCCUUUGGAUGAUCAUAAUUUUGUACUUCUUUUAGAACUUUCCAGAAAAAGAUCUUUUACACUGUCCCUCAAAGGAUGCAAUUGAAGCCCACUUCAUGGCUUGUAUAAAAGAAGCAGAUGCCUUGAAACAUAAGAGUCAAGUUAUCAAUGAGAUGCAAAAAAAGGAUCAUAAGCAACUUUGGAUGGGAUUACAGAAUGGUAAGAAACAAUUUCGAAGUGAAGCAAUUAAGUCUUUGGCUCAGCUUGCAUACAACUCACUAUGAUUUGUUGUUGUAUGCUUGAGCUGAAAUAAUGUGGUAUGGAGAAAUAUUUUUCUUAACAUUUAGUUUCAUUUUCACAGAAUCUUGAUUUGUUAGAAACCAGGGAUCAUUGUUUUAUCACAAACUGAUUAGUUAAAACAGGCCACUUGAAUAAGUCAUGGUUUGAGUUUGGCUUGUUCUAAAGCAGACAGAGUUGUAUGCCAAGCCUGAGUCUGUAAAAGUGCAACUAAAGAGGAAAGGUCCUUUUCCCAAUUGCAUGGGAAAAGAGGAGAGGAGGAUGUAGCAUGAGAGCCCAAAGGUUUUAUGAAACUCAUUCCAGCUAAUGCAUGUAGCAGUAAACCAUGCUUUGUCACUGUGUGCAAGUGCAGUAUUUAUUUUAGCACACUGAGUUCAAUGAUUUUUUAAAUGAUAGCUUGUCAUUUUUCUUUUUUGAGUGGGUAAUGAUAAAUGCUUAUCUUAAGAUAAUUUUAGCUGAUUGUGAAUCAUAACUGAUACUUAAAAUGUCAAGUGUUUAAAAAAUGAGGUGUGGAUAUAGCUAGUGUUAUACAACUGAGAAGCUUUACCUUUUGGAUCUGCUUAGAGUUUAGUUGAUGGUUGUAUGACUAAAUGAUAUUUUCUAGCCCUUUUGUUUUAGGCACAGUGGUACCUCAGGUUACAGACACUUCAGGUUACAGACUCCGCUAACCCAGAAAUAGUACCUCGGGUUAAGAACUUUGCUUAAGGAUGAGAAUAGAAAUAGUGCAGCGGCAGCGCAGCAGCAGCGGGAGGCCCCAUUAGCUAAAGUGGUGCUUCAGGUUAAGAACAGUUUCAGGUUAAGAACAGACUUCGAGAAUGAAUUAAGUUCUUAACCCAAGUUACCACUGUAUUAGUGCUGUAUGUUAUUUAAAUACUAUCUAACCUUUUUCAUGUUAUUGGAUGUUGACACAGUUUCUCUUUGUUCAAGUGUUCAGAUGUGUGAUCUAUUUCAUGGAGGGUGGUAAAAGAAAAUCGUAAACUUUCCAUCACAGCAGUAGCCACACAUGGCAAUCUAGAUGUGAGAAGUUAACGUCCCUCAUUUGAUCCUGUUGAUUAGGAACCCAUGCAGGCAGUCUUGAGGAAGGGUUUUUGGAGUGCAUAAUAAUAGCUUUGCAGAAGACUAAAAAAAUCACAUAGGAUUGUGCUUUAUCAUGGAAAGUAUUCAAAGCAUUUAAUGGCAGAAAAAUAGAAAUGGGAACUUUUAAAGUUUUGUUUGUGUUCUUUAAUCAGUUUAUCAAAGAUUCUCUUCACUUACACUUCUACUUCAAAUCUUAAGAUUAUUUUGGCUUGUUUGGGACAACACUGUGGUUAUUCCAAUAUAAGAGGUUGCUUAGAAAUGUUGGUUGUAUAGGUUUCACUGUGUGUCAUUGGAAACUGCACCUGUGGAACCCAACAGAUAAUGUUUUGAAAGCUUUCAAAUCCUAAUUUUAUAUUUCAGGCCUUAGUAAAAGAGAAAUAAGAAAAACUUAUGAAACCAAGAGAACUUUUUAAAAUACAUGCUGUAUCUUUCAGUAUUGCUUUCAUUAUGGCUUUCAUUAUUGAUGGGAUGAUUUUAAACCUCUUUCUGAAACAAAAUUCAUGACCACAAAAAGAAAAGAGAGUAGCAGUUGUGAUAACUGCCUCAUAGUUAAUGAUACAUCUGCAAGUUGCUUUUUCUAUGAGACAUGCAUUUGUCGUCCUGCCCAUAACAACUUUGGGUUUAACUUAUAGUUGAUUUAAUAGUUUGAUUCAAUAAAGCUUCUGCAAGUAUCAUUCAAUACACUGCCAAAUGCUACUAUUCAAAUGGGGUGGGGUGGGGUGGGAUGUCAGAGCACCAUGUGGGCUGACAGUUUGAAUCCAGGACUGUGGCCAUGGCAGAAGAAGGAUCCUCUUGAAGUGUAAUGCUGGAAGCCCCUCUAUUGUAAGCUCAGUUUGUAUAUAUGUGUAAAUAAUUCAUUUAUCCUAAAGGCCCCACAAUCUCCAGUGUGCCUCAUUUCCAAAGGAAACACAAGCCCUGUAUAAGCCCCUGGACCUUGUACCGUUUGAGAUUGAAGUAGCAUGUAACAUUAGAAUCACAGAAUCACAGAUUUAUAGAGUUGGAAGGGAGCACAGGGGUCAUCUAGUCCAACUCCCUGCAAUUCUGAAAUCUUUCACCCAACAUGGGACUUGAACCCACAACCCUGAGAUUAAGAGUCUCAUGCUCUACCGAUUGAACUAUCCCUCAGGGCUCAGUGCAGCUUGUAAAUGAAGAAGCAUAUAAGAAAAAUGCACAAGUGUAAAAACACGUCCAGGAAUCACUCAAGAGAAAUGGCAAUUUUUGCUGAAGCGGCAAAAUGUCCAGGAAAACACAGACAUAUGUCAAGUAGGGGGAUUUUUUUUUUUUUUAAUUACUUUUGGGAGAAUGGCAACCCUAGUGCUUGGAUACUUCCAUUUUAUUUCUUUUCUGUAUUUCUGUAGGCAACUUGCAACAGUAAAAAAUAAUUAGAAAUUUUCUUAUGCCCUAUUCUAUAAAAACAUUGCAUAAGUAUAUUGUUUUCAUUUCCCCCCAGACAAAUUUGAUCAAUUUUGGGCUAUAAACCGAAAACUCAUGGAGUACCCUCCAGAAGAUAGUGGAUUUCGCUACAUCCCAUUUAGAAUAUAUCAGGUAAAGGAUAAUUUUUAAAAAAUCAUUUUUCACAUACAUGUUGCAUAGUCUUUUCUAUUUUAGAAAAGCUGACCAGUUCUUAUAUUUGUUGAGACCUUUUGCUGUGGGAAGAAGGAAGAGGCAAACAUGAAUAAAUGGUAUUAAACAGGGCAUAACUUUUGUUUAAGGAUCUGCCAUGCAUGCUUUUCUGUUCAGACCGUUUGAAGGUGUGGGUAACUCUAACCCCUACCUUUGAGCUGUUCAGGCAGACUGACAUAGAUGCCAGUUGCGAUAUGCCUCUGGUACCCAAGCUUAAGCCUGGGUUAUACCUGGUCAGAGGUAGCCCAUUCCCAUUGGAGGGAAAGGCAGGUGUAAAGUGGCUACUCCAUUGCCCCAGUUAGCUGUUACAGCUGCUGCAUCCUGCUAUCACCAUUGCCUCACCUGAUGAGGUGCCAUGUCAACACUCUUCUCUUGUGCAGCUAGCCUACCUGAUCUGUCUGCGUAGACAUCUGGCUUUUAUGUGCCUUGUUCCACAUCUCAGUCACACAAGACUUGGCAUACAUAGCCCUGUGUUAUAUCUGUUGCUUUCUUGCAACUCAGCAAUCUUCCCUUACCCUUUGCCACAGUGGUGAGAAGUGUUGUUAUUACCAUGUAAUAACAACUUCAGGAUUUAGUUCAAAUUAGAUAAUUUUAUUGUGUUUCUUUCCUCCUGUUAUAGAACAGUAGCAUGAAUAGUGUUUGUUUGGGGAAUGCAAUGUAAUAAGCUUAAUAACAAUAACAAUCUAAUAUUGAGACCUCCCCUCUCUCCCCAAAUUAAUCCAGCUUCUGCAGCACUAUUAAGUUUAAUAGGGCUCCUGAUCCUCUGAAGAGGCUUUUUUUUCAGAGUGGCAGCAAGUGAGGAGGAGGGGUCAGGAAACUUUCCUUCUAUGGGCUUCCUUAAGUUAACUUGUCUUACAACCCAGACCAUAGUCUCCAGCAAUCACAGUUUUAAAAGUUGGAUUCCAUCUACAGUCAUUAAGUACCCUGCGUCCCUACUUUACCAUGUCUGUUCUAAGUUUUCUAAGUUUUGUCUGUGUGAUCACUCUGCUAUCAUUGGUUCUACCAGCAUAUGAUACCAAAGAAGCUAAUGGCUAUAGCUGCAUAAUGUAAUUUAACCAACUUAAUUUUUCCUAUGCUGAUUAAUGCUUUUCCAUUCAAGAAGGAAGAAAAGCCAGAACUAUGUUCAUACACGUCAUUUUAGCUGCCUGCAUAAGCUUUGCUAUGCUAUGCCAAGGCAGUUGCAGUUUUCUAUAAACACUGCAACGAUUGUAAUUUGUGUUAGUUAUUGAAGGAAUACAAGAAAUUUGAACAAACUGCAAGUAAAAUUAAGGUUUUUUGGGUGGCAUCUUGAAGAAGGUGGGUAAGAGAUUCGUAAGCAGACUGUGUGGGAUACUCAGUCUAAACAUUUGCCAUAAUUUAUCCACAAUUCUUGAAAUAAUGCUGCUCUUAAUCAUGUAGGAGAUCAGAAAGUUACAUUUACUCCUUACAGCAUAUCCUGCCAAAUGAAAGGAUAUGAGGAAGACAUGGGUUGUUGCCCACAUAUGAUUAGGAAAAUUGUCCUUAAACUAUUUGUGACCAAAAUCUUUUCAGCAUUAUAUUGUCUAGACAAAAUUGUAAUAAACAUUACUGUAUAAAAAUAAAUAAGUCCUAACUUCAUUCCAGAUGUGUGUGUAAUUCUAAUGGCUGCCCUUAAUUCAACCACAGUCUUUGAGACAUUCAUAUUAUUUAGGUUAAGUAUCACUGACAUUACUUUGAUACUGUUGUAGACAUAAUGAUAACAUUUUAGGAAAUAACAGACCAUGACAACUAAAGGUUUCCGCUAUGGGUGUGCUACGUGUAUAGUUGUUUCAAAUUCCUUAAGAACUAUAUAAUUAUUAGCUUUCAGCAAAUCGUACUUUAAAGUGUGUGUGUUGUAUGCAAUUUAGUAUUUGCAGAUGACAUAAAAUCUGAUUAUUUCCAAUUGUUGGCAAAUACUAUAGCUGAAAUAGUUGAAAAUAUAAGCACAUUGCUAAGCUCAAGGGUUCAGUGCCACAAGAUGUGUCAAUAGCCACCAAUUUAGUGAUGUUAAAAGGGGGUUGGACAAAUUUAUAGAUGAUAAAAGUCUAUCACUGGCUAUAUUCUACCUCCAGGAAUCUUCUAAAUGCCUCAGCUGGACAGUGAGCCCUCAGAGUGCUGAAUACAGUAGAAAAGGGAUUAGGGGAGGUGAAAGACACAGUAUAGUUACAAUAUGUAUGUGUUUUCAGAAUAUGACUUGGUAUGAACCCAUGUGUAUGUAAAUCCUCUUUACCUGGAUUUCUGGGAGCAGGGUUCUUUUUUGAGGGGCAGGGGUUGCAUUAAGCUGUGAAGGUUUUGUUAUUUGGGAUUACGGUAGUUGUAGUAAUGGGCCUCUGUGGCACUUCAGAGUGAUUAUGUCUUGUAUUUCAAAUUGUAGCAAUAAAGAUUAUGGAGUAAUGUCUUACAGAAAUGUAUAUUGACAAAACUGCUUAUAACAUUUCAGUUGAGCAGCCAGCCUCUAGCAGUCAUUGCAACUAUGGAAAAUGUUUGAAUAAUUUUUUUAAAAAAAACCAAAAACAAAACACCCUUACCCCUCCCUAUCAACUUUGAUAGGCUCUUUUUGGAGUUGGAGAGAUGAUUAGGCAACACAUUUGGUGUGGGAUGUCAUGGUUCCACUUCAUCGCCUCAGUCAUUUUCACCAUAGUGCUGACAUUGCUACAGUGGUGGCAUGAUUGGUGUGAGAAGAUGGAGCUGUGUACCUUCUUGCUGCCCUCUAACAUCUCCACAAUGAGUUGUCGGGGUAUAUCAAUCUCAUCUUCAUCACUGUGACAGUGGGCUUCAUGCCCUUCAGCGUGCGAGAGAGAGAAGAAAGAACCCCCCCCCAUAUAUAGAUAUAUAUACACACACACACACACACACACACACACACACCUCUAUUUGAUGUCAUGAACUUGAGCAUGCCAAGCAGGUACUGACUGCAGGAAUUCACAGUGUGAAUGGGUAGAACAUUUAUUAACAUAACAAAAAUAAAAAUUAAUUUCUCUUUUAAUUUAAAAUAAGCUUUUUGGGAUUUUUUUUGUUAAAUUAUGAAAUACUUCUGUUAGAUUUAUUCUUUAGAGUCUUUUUUGGGGGGGGGAUGCAUGCUGAUAUGUCCAAAGAAGGACUACAGUUCUUAUACUGUUAAGCUGUUGACAUAUGGAAAUCAUAAUAUGGUUACAGUGUGGGUUCAACAUGUAAAGUAAUUUGCAGUGGUUUAAAUACAAUUAGAGAACCCAUUCUUUUAUGUAGAUGUAAAGACUAGUAAGUCUGUUGGCUUUCUUGAAUUAUAAUUUGUGGGUUGUGCUUUUUAUGUUAUGAUUACAUCCUGUAUAAACUGCUGGCUUAACUGGAUUUUAAACAAUGUAUGUAAGCCAAUGUCCUUACCAAUAAGACUUGGUAAUAUUUAGUUGAAGAUACCUGUGGACAAAGCUACAGGUAACUUGUAACUUGUGCAUGUUUAACUUACGGAGUUUCAACUUUACAUAGCCAGUUGAAAUCACACAGAUUAAAUGCACAGAAAGCAUAGAGUUCAACAGCUCUUUGUGCAGGGUUUCCAGGUGCAGAAAGAGAUUUUAAGCGCCCUGCCUUGCUUACCAGCAUAGCUGUCAACGUUUCCCUUUUUAAAAGGGAAAUUCCCUUAUUCCGAAUAGGAUUCCUCACAAGAAAAGGGAAAAGUUGACAGCUAUGGCUUACCAGGCUCUGGGAGGCUCUCAGGAGACCACAGAUAUCAUCCUGCAAAAUUUUGUCCCAGAGCACAGUAAGCAAGGCCGAGCGCUUAAAAGUGGUUUGCUUGUUUGGGAGGUGAGACCUAUUUGGCGCAUCAUCUCUGGAAGGUAAGAUUGCUCACAUGGGAGCUGUUCCAAGGGGAUGGAUUGACUACACCUUUUUGCAUAUACACACCAUCCCCAUAAUGUAACACCUGUUCAAGUUGCGAGUGACCUGUAUUAUAUAAUUAUGCAUAUUAGUUUAAGAUAACUCUGCUGUGUUUAACUACUACAUCUCUCCCAGUUUUUAAUUCUAGCUGAGACAUAAGUACAAAGUAGGUAAAAUUCUUAUGGCAAUAUUCAAUUCAAAAUGAAUUUAUUGCCCCACCUCACACAUGAAGUUUGAUGUGGUACAUGGCUGACCCAGAUGUAAUGCUAAACCAUAGAAAUGUCUUAUGAGAAUGAGCCACAGGUGGGCCUUGUGAUUGCUCCCUCCUCUGGGAUCACUACAAAGAGAAGGUUAGAACCUUUAACUUCUGUUCCUGAUUAACUCCCAGUAGCUGUGUUAUCAAACCCAGCAAACUGUAGUUUAAGAAGCUGGCUUGUUUCUACAAAACUGUAGUUGAUACUAACCAUAGUUUAGGGUUUGGACAUAAUGCUGAACUGUGAUUAGUUGGAAAUGGAGGCUUCCAGUCUACUUACAGCUUACUGGUGGGGCCAGAGUGCAAGCCUGAGGUUACCCUAUGCUCAUCCUUGUAAUGUUAAAGCAAGGUUUAGCAUUGCUUGAGAACCAUUCCAUAGACUUAUAUACAGCAGUUACUCUUUGCAAACUAGAGGAAAUUUAAGAGUAAAUGACACCUUUCCUCUGAUCACCAUCUUCAUCUUUCUUUCCUAUUGCCCAGUCCAACAUAUAUCAGCAUUAAAAUGUCAACUACUACUACUGUCAAUAAAAUUCCUGUGUAUAAAGUAUCAAAGAAAGUAAUAUAAAUUGAGUUUUAUAGAUUCUUGUAACGUGCAGAGCCAAUUUGUUUGCAGUAUUUCACAGUGAGCCUAUUUUAUCCAUUAUACUGAUGUAAGAUAGUUACAUAUAGAUGCUUAUUUGUUAAUUUUUUACUGUUACUGCCAGACCACAACUGAGCGACCUUUUAUACAGAAGUUGUUUCGUCCUGUCGCUGUAGAUGGACAGUUUCAUACACUGGGAGAUCUCCUAAAAGAAGUUUGCCCUGCUGCAAUUAAUCCUGAAGGUAUUAACUGAAAAUAUGAUAACUCUUGUGCUUUGUAGGCUCCAGGGAAAAUUAUUUUUGAUCAGCUGCUAUUUAAAUUAUUAUCUGGAUUGCUGUGUAGGAAAAUCAGUUACAGUCCUUUUUAAACAUACUUUACUAGCAGAGUUAAAGUUGUCUCAGUCUUUUGAGAUACAAAAGUUAAUUGAAAGACAAUUAUACUGAAAAUAUUCUACAAAAUGUAGAUGUAGCAAACCAUGCAUUUUUGAAUCUGCAAUAGUGCACCAUGUGUGAUAAAAAGAGUAGGGUUGCUUGAACUUAAUACUAGGCAUGUUGGGCAAUACUAUCUUGGCUGGGCAACCCUUAACUGUUGUAGAGUUGGGUUAAUUUAGAAUUAAGUUUGAAUAUUUUGAAAAUUAGGACAAUAGGUUAGCACCAUCAGUGGUUACUAAAAUGAUGCAGCCUAAGAUUUGCAUGCUAAGUAUAUCUAAUGUCUGGUUUUAAAGAAAGGUGCAUCAGAAAACCUAUUUUUCAAGAAUAUACUUACUCUGAUAAAUCUGCCCACUACUAGUGACAGUGGCAGACCUCAGUAAUACUCUCUCUUUGGACCUAUCAUUUAUCAGUUGGGCAAUUUCUUGGAUCAGAUAAUAGAUAUCUGCAGUGUCAUACAGUAUGAAGCACUUCUAGAUGGUGAUGUUGGCUUCAUUUUCACCUACCCACUCUUCAUGUUGUCAGAAUAGGACACUGCAUGGGUAUGAUGCCAUCAUUUCAGUCUGAAAUGUAUUCUGUAGCAAUGUUACUGUGUACGUAUUGCCACUAUUUCUCUCUAUCAGAAUAUUCCCUGUCCCUUGGGCUCACAACUUAAAUCAUUUUAUUCUGCCUAAAUUCAUUAAAUAUUUAAGUAGGCCAGGUAUACAUUGUAGGUGCUAUGAUUUUAUUCAUUUCUCACAGAUAGAAGCCCGGAAGAAGUUUAAAGUAUUAAGCUUUGUAUUUUUCUUAUAAACAGCACUCCCCUUCUGUUUGUGAUCAUGGGAUAAAAGCUCUCUAAGCUUGUAUAUGUACUUUUUUACUGCUACAUCAUGUAGUGUGCUCUUAAGAUUGAGAUCUCAUUCCCCAGGAAGCAGUUUCUGCCUAAGAUUAAUUGCCCUUUUAAAGUCAGUGUUUGAUGGAUUCCUUUUGGCUGGCUAUAUCCUGACUCAGUUUAACCCUCUUUGACCUGACCCCACCGACUAUUACCACAGGGUCUGAGGCAGAAAUCCUUCAGCAUGAUGUAUGCAGUGCAAACCCCAGGCAUGUGGUUCUUCACAGCUUGGAUUCAAUUAGCUGGAUUUUUACUGAUACACAGAAGUAAAAAUUGUGCUGUUAGAGCUAUUCAUGUUUUCAUAAUUUUGGGGGGACAGGGGCUAGGAGGGGGGACAGCAACAAUCCCCCUUUCUGUUAGUGGAUGGCUCUGCUGGACCCAAGGCCCUUCCAUGAUCACAAGGGAGCCAGUUGGAUUGUACCCUAUAUUUACACACAUCCAACCAUUCCAACUAGUAGACUCUGCCCACUAGGAUUUCCACCUUUGUUUCUGUCUUAAGAUGUUCCACUCAGGCCUGUUCUAAUUGCUUUUGUUAGUGGAGGUAUGUAAUAUAAAGAAUAGGGCUUUCUCGGUGGUGGUGCCCCAGCUUUUGAAAGCCCUCACUAAAGCAGUAUACCCAGUGUCUUUUCUGCGCUAGGUUAAGACAUUUUUAUUUACUAACAUAUUUUAAUUUGAAUAAUUGCUCAUUCUUCUAAUUAUCUCACAGUGUGCUUUGUAAUUUUUAAUUCUUUUAUUUGUUAUUUUUCUGUAUUAUUAUAAGUUUGUUUGUUUGUUUAUACCCCACCUUUUUCCCUGUCAGGGACUCAAGGUGGCCUACCAAUAAAAUAGAAACAGCUAAAAACAUAGGAGUUGCAUCAUUUAAAAACAAUUAAACAGUCAUAAAAUUAAAUCUAUAUAUAAAUAUUUAAAAUCUAUUAAAAAUAUACAGAGUAUUACAAUAAAAAGAGCAUGGCACCAGCCCUUUCAUUAAAAUCAGUCAGUUCCCAAAAGUGCUGGAAUAAGAAGGUAUUCAGCUGCCAGCAGAAGGACAACAAGGAGGGAGCCAGUUCAAACUUCUCUAAGGAGGGAGUUUGGGAGCAGCUGCCAAGAAGUGAAUUGUACUAGGUUUUAAUUAUUUUAUUAUCUACCUGGAAUCUUUUAAAAUGAAGGCCUAUAUAGAAAUGUUUAAAAUAACCCCCUCCCACUGUGCCUUGUGAAUUGUUAUUAUUUAAUUGUGAUUAAUGUGCACUUAUUUUGUAGUUCCACUCAAACCUAAGUAAACAUUCAUUUCACUGUAUGUACUUUGAGUAACACUUAGUUGAAUACAUGCAGUAGGUUGUAUCCAAUGGUUCCUGUGCAUGAAUGGAGAGACCCUUGUUUGCACAGUGGGGCUUCCUUUCCCCCCUGCUGUGUAGCCCACACCCCAGCAGAUUUUGGAGGUGGAGUGUGAAGGCAGCAAGGUGAGGAGAAGAAAAGUCCUGGUGAGAGAGCAGAAGCUUGCUCAUAUGACAUGAUUUCAUUCAAUUUACACGGUGGGAAGAACAGUAAAUCUAUUUCAUAGCCUUAUUAAAAUAAUAACCGUUGCAAAAAAAAAAAGACAAUGGUGCAUGAAUCAUUUUAUGAUUCAUAUAACAGAAUAUUUCAAUUUUUUAGAAUUAACUUUUCAUUUAUCAUGAGGGAUCAUUCAGUUAAAUAUGAAGUAGCAAGAUUAUAAUCAAAACUACAAAUCACGGAUUCUGCAGAAUUUCACUGUGUAAUGAAACCAAAUGCACUUUGCUUCAAACAUGUGUUUGCCUGUGAGUGUCUGAUAAGUGAUCUGUCUGUUUCAAAAUUAGAUGGUGAAAAGAAGAACCAAGUGGUGAUUCAUGGCAUAGAACCGAUGUUGGAAACGCCAGUACAGUGGCUAAGUGAACAUAUGAGUUAUCCUGAUAAUUUUCUUCACAUCAGUGUUAUCCCACAACCUGCAGAUUGAAGUGUCAACUGGUAUGCAUGAGGAUCAGCCUUUGAUUGGAGCAACAAAGUCAUCUUCAAGUUGUGUCAGGCUUGAUGAGGGUGACAUGACCAAAAACUUUUACUGCUGCAAGCCAAACAGGAAGAAAGAUCCAUCAUGUGAUAAGAGGAAUUGGACAGGCUAUAUUUUGCAUCACCCGUGUUUUCUCCACUGCUGUCAUUUAACUUCAGCUGUGACAUGAGAAACUUUAUAAGGCUGCUGUAAGACUUCUGUUUUCUUGUUAAAAAAUUGAAGCCGAAAGCAUGGGGAGUAAGUGGAAAUAAGUGCCACUUUGUAUUUCUUAAUAAUAAAUAAACAGGGGUAUUUUCUAAUGUUGCAAUGGCUUGUCUUUACAGUGAAAACACUGUUUUAUUCUAGAGAAGUAGACAAACAGUUGUAUAAAUAAUCACUUGCAGGAACCCAUUAUGAAAAGUUGAAACCAAGCUAAACUCCUUACUUUGGAGUAAUGUCUCUUAAAUUUUAUACUAGGAAAUUGAUUUUUUAAAAUAAUCAUCACAGUAUGUUUUGUAUUUCACAAAUUAUAUUCUGAUCAUAUUACUUGAAAUGAAGUCUUGGUGACUGCAGUAUAUGACUAAGUUUCAAGUAAUAUAUGAUUGGACUCUGUUGCAUAAUUGAUAUGGAGAUGGCCACUGAAUAUACUGAAAUGUAUGCCUUAUUCAAGCAAGUCCUAAGUCAGAAAAUAGUAUAAGAAAGCUUUAUUAGAAUAUAUUCUUAAAAAGACAAACAAAUAUAUUGACUCUUGUGAACAGCAGCAUGCUCCAUGUGAAGAUCUCCCUCAUGCCAGAUUAUCUGCACAGAUUGGAGGAUUUAGGGGGAUGGGUCUUAAAUUUUGUCUCAAGCUCCCAAAGAAUGAUUGAAGCAACAACCUCAACUGCUGGAAGCAGUGUUGUGCCACUUCCUAGCACUACUUUUCUGCUUUGUGGCAGCUCCAGCAAAGUAGUUCUGUGAAAUUGUCAUAAAACAAGAGAAAAUGAUACUGUGAUACUAGACUUGCCCUGCAUAAGUUAAGAGUUGAUAAUGCAGAGUUGGCUCUAGAUGAAAGGAUCUGGCAUUUUUUUGCCAAGACAGGGCUGCUGUCUAAUUCUUAAGGUUGAAGGCACUAUAAGAAAAGUUUUGCUCCGUGAAUCCUGCCCUCUUGCUGGCUAAGGAAGGUUUCUUCACCAAGGAUUCCAGCUGGAGCCCAUGCAAAGGGGGAAAUGGAAAGGCCUUGGAAGGAAAAAUAGAAUUUAAUAAAACCAAAAAGAAAUAAAUACAAAGAAAAAUGGGUAGAUGAACUGAUGUAUUUUACAAGAAGGAAAACGAAGACUACAAAGGAGGAUUCUACUUAAUACUAAUCUAACAGGAAACAAACUAACAGGAAAUAUGGGGUUAUUUUACAACUAAAUCAUUUUUAGAAGUAUGCCUGUAAAGCAUCUUUACAAAAUGCUGAAAAGACUGGAGUUUCCUUCUCACUGUUUUGCCUUGCACUUGUCCCAGCAUCCUUAAGAAAGAUGUGAUACUCUUAGGUAGAUAGGAAAUUUUUUUUGGUGUAAAGCAAGGCUGUGAAACCUGUGGCCUUCCAUAUAGUAAUGGGUCUCAGCUUCCAUCAGCCCCAGCUAGCAUGGUCCAUGGUCAGGUAUAAUGGGAGUUAGUCCAACAACACUCAAAGGGCCACAGGUUCCUCAACUCUGUCAAUAGUGGUCUAAUGUCUUUAAUCUCCUUUAGUAAAAUAAGCAACAAUCAGUGAAAGCUAGUUUGGUGUUACUCUGCUGAGAGAAGGAUUUGCUGACAGGGGAAUGGGGAAGGAGACAGUUAGUGGCAGUGCCUCCUCCAAUGUCUGUCCUGGUGAACCCCUAAGCCUUCGGGACAAAUUUGGUGAUGACAGGGAACUGCAAAGCUGAGAAUCAAUAAUAAAGGCCUCUCUCCCUGUUCUACUGGUGGAUGCCUUUUGUCAGCAAAGUGACCCCAACUGGAUUCCACUCAAUAAGUUGCCUUUUAGGCAAUGCCAAUUUUAUACUAAGCUCUUACAUAACUGUUUUGCCCUAUUCUGGACCAGCCUUCUAAACAUGUCUUUUUCCCUAAGGCCUUUAAGCUGUAACUUGAGUGUACAAAGCUUUCAAUGAAAUAAUGACAACUAAACUUUCCCUUUUUUUGUACCAAUGUUACUUCUUUUUUAACCCUUUCAAUGGCAAAUAUUAAGAAUUAGUAUUUUGUCAAAUAAAAUUUCAGUUCAACAGUUCUGCAAAAAUGACUUCAUAAUUGAUUAAAUGGAGCGGAAUGGAAAUAUGCAGCCUGUUGAAUCCUAUUCAAAUGUUUAUAGGCUGGUUUACGGAUUGCUUUACUCAUUUAUAAUAAUUAACAUUUAAGAUAAUUGAAGGAAAUAGUUGCUGGGCAUAAAACAACUGUUUUGAUGUGGAAUGCUUUGAUGAGUAGGGUGGGCUCCCUGCUUCAGAAUAUUAUUCUUCAGCAUAUGCAGGGCAUCUAAAACAGUGGAGGGGUGUGUGGAGCUUGUGUACUUAUGGCUGUAACCUCCCUUGUGCAGUUACUUUGCACAGAUUUUGAAUGCCUGAAGAAGCUUUGUGUCUAUUAGGCAGAUACUCCUGGAAACCAAACUUGUCUGUAUAAGCUAGCAACAGAAAGACAUUUCUAGUCCUUAAUUCAUACACCACACCAAACCAUUGUUUUUACUAAUCAUAGUUCAGGUGUUAAACAAUGAUUUAAGAGUUAAACACACAAUGGUCACAGCAUGGUUAUAAGCUGUUCAUUUGCUCUUAAUUUUAUAUUUGCUUAGCAUUAUUUUCAUUCUACAGAAUCUUCUGGAGUUGCAGUAAUUGAUGAGACUUGGUUUGUGAAUUCAGGCAUCACACGAAACUACAGCUAGCCCCAAAGAACUGUACUUAAAACAUGGUUUUUGAUUUAUUGUUUGCUUGCCAAUUUCAAAUGCUAAUUUGUCCAUUGAGAAAUGUAUCUCAGCUUCCUCAGCCAUGGUGGGAUGUGAUGCCUGAAUUUAAUCAAGCUUGCUUUUGUGUACUAUAGUCUUGAGUUUAGAUAUUCUAAUAAAGCAGAAAUGCAAGAAAAAACCAAGAAAAAAAAAGCAGUAGCUCACUUUUUCUGGCUAUAUCGUAGUGCCAGCUAUUCACUAAAUUAGAAGUAAGAAAUAGGAUGUAACACCCCUUCUGCUUCGGUGUCAUACCAAGGGCAAUUUAUUUGUUCCCUGUAGCCAUUCAGGGAAGAUUCUCCCAUGUAGUCUUGUUUGCAUCUUUAUGUGUCUAGUGUAAGCUUGAGAUGGCGUAUAUUUAGUUGUCCUGUUCCAAGCUGCAUCUGCAUAUAGGAAAAUGCUCUGCACCUGAUGGCGCAACCAAUGGAUGGUUGGUAGCUGAAUUAACGUGUGCACAAUCUCAUGAUUUAAGAAUGCUUUGGAGGAUAACAUCUGUUUUAAUGAGAUUAAAAGUGUGUGUCUCCUUCCAUCAUUUGCCUUAAAGUGUUUUGAACUAGUGAAAUUUGACUCUUUUAGGUUGGCAUUUUGCUUAGCAAAAAAUGCAGCUGCCUAUUCAUCAGAACAUAAAUGGAACUUUAUCCCAAAACCUGAGUCCUUCUAGAGCAUAGUUCUUGGAGUCCUCAGCAUGAUACUUUAAACCAGAGUAGCCAUAACUGAUGUCACUUAAUACAGUAGCUCAAGACAAAAAUCAAGUAGGCCAAUGUUGUGGUUCAAUUACAGCAUCCAAGUCUCUAGUGGUCACUUUCACCCUACACUAUACAACAGCGAAAUGAAAUUUAACUCGCAUAUACUCGUGAUCAUAUCUCAAACGUGAGAUAACAAAAGAGAUGGGGAAAUUCAAGCAGGUGCCAAUUCCUGAUAUAUUACACACACGCAUAUACACCCCCCUCCCCCGUUUUUUGGAGUAAGUAUAAAUACAUGUAAAGAGCAUGUUUUUUUCCCAAGAUCACUGUUAUUUUAAUUAUGUGCAUUAGAUUAGAAUAGCUGUACUAAUCUAAUCUAGUAUGCAUUUCAUCUCUGACAUACAUGUGAUGCACUGGUAAAGUGGCUAAUAAGGAAAAGUUACUUGGAUCACAGUCACUUCCCCCCAGGUCCACAUGCACAGCCUCCUAACGCAGUUCUUGAGCAGCAGCCCUACUUUUGCUGCCUGCUAGAAAUUCCUGUGGAACUCGGAAAAAAUGACAAAACCAUUUUGUGACAUGCCAUGCAGCUGUAGGCAGGGCCUCCUGUUUAAAAUGGACUUGAAGAAAAUUCCUACUAAAUGUAAACAAGUCCAGGAGAUAUCCAAAAGUAUUUUUGUUCUGUGAACCGCCUUGAGACCUCCGGGUAUAGGGCAGUAUAUAAAUUCAAUAAAUAAUAAUAGUAAAGUAGUGCAUAGGAUCGUAGUCACAGAGUAUAAAAACUGGGUGGUUUUGAACAUGUUAUUUCUUCAAAUGUAUGGCGACUUUUAUAUUAAGUUUGACCAAUACUCUCUGCAUUGUAAGCCUUCUGACAGGGCCUUGUUUAAAAUAAAUAAAUGCUGUCUUGCUGUGUCCUAACGCAACAAAAAUAAGGCCCUAUAAAUAAUAUGGUCUGGAAAUGGAAAAUUAAUAAUUACUUUAUCUGCUUGUUGUGCAAUUAAUGAAAGACUGCUAUUGAUAAUGAUAAAGCAAAGCACUGAGAGUCAUUGUACAAACAGGAAAAUGUAAAUACCAUUCUGCUGCCAUUGUAAUAAAAAGUACUUCCCCUAGGCCUC